AUGGAGUCAAUCGGCAUGGAAUCAAAUGCUAUCCAGCAGUACGCGAGGACAAUGGCCGAAACACUUGCUAUAGUGCAUUGGAUCGGUGAAAUUGAUGGGAACGAUAUCGAGUUUGUUCUAGCGCCUCCUGAUGAUUCCAACUGGAGAGGAUCACCUGAAACAGGGAAUAGUGUCUUUGGAGACCAUUCAUUAUGGGUAUUGGACUUUGAUUUAUGUAGGAGGAUGACUAUGGACUUCAAUGAUGUCGCUUCUUUUUGGGGUAACGACCCUUACUACCCCCGACCAGGAAAAGACCCUGUGAUAUGGGAUGCCUUCCGAGAGCGCUACAUUCAGAUCAGUGACGCUUGUAUGGGGCUUUCCGGGUCGCAAAAGGCAGAAUCUCGACAUGCUCUGCCAAAUCAAUUCAUUGAAUUAGUAGAACAGGAGGGAAAGAGGAGAGAGGAAAGGAUGACAACGGCACGUGUAUGA